CGGCCCGCCCCGCGCUGCACUCCCGCCGUACGGCGGGCUGGCGGCUGGCGGCAGUCGCUGCGGCGCGGGGCCGCGCCCCGGAGGAAGUCGGUGGCGGACCGGGCCCAGAUUCUGAAUUGUGCCUGAACAGAGCGCUGAGAUCAGCCCCUGGAAGCAGCUGCUGGGGCAGAGUGACCAGCAGCCAUGACGACAGAGAUGGGCCCUGAUUCAGAAGUGAAGAACGUGCAGGAGGAGGCCCCGCAGCAGCAGCUGGAGGCAGCCACACACGGCCCUGCUGCCACAGCUGCUGGCAUUGCCAGCAUUGCCGAGGCCAGUGAGAAGCCUGGAGCACAACCUGACAGCCGGAACACAGAGCCGGGCACAGACAUGGAGGAGAAGGACUACAGCGAGACAGAUGGGCUAUCUGACAAAACAACGCCUAGCAAGACCCAGAAGUCACCCCAGAAAAUCAACAAGAAAGUCAAAAGUGCUCUCUGCAGAGUGACCCUGCUCGAUGCCUCUGAGUAUGAGUGUGAAGUGGAGAAGCAUGCCCGAGGCCAGGUUCUCUUUGACAUGGUAUGUGAGCACCUCAACCUCCUGGAGAAGGACUACUUUGGCCUCACCUUCUGCGACUCCGACAGCCAGAAGAACUGGCUGGACCCCUCCAAGGAGAUCAAGAAGCAGAUCCGCAGUGGGCCCUGGAACUUUGCCUUCACUGUGAAGUUUUACCCUCCUGACCCUGCUCAGCUCACGGAGGACAUCACAAGAUACUACUUGUGCCUGCAGCUGCGUGCAGAUAUCAUCACGGGGCGACUGCCCUGCUCCUUCGUCACGCAUGCCCUGCUGGGCUCCUAUGCUGUGCAGGCCGAACUGGGUGACUACGAUGCUGAGGAACAUGUAGGCAACUAUGUCAGUGAGCUCCGCUUUGCUCCCAACCAGACACGGGAGCUGGAGGAGCGCAUCAUGGAGCUGCACAAGACCUACCGGGGCAUGACCCCUGGGGAAGCAGAGAUCCACUUCCUUGAGAAUGCCAAGAAGCUCUCCAUGUAUGGGGUGGACCUGCACCAUGCCAAGGACUCAGAGGGUAUUGACAUCAUGCUGGGAGUCUGUGCCAAUGGCCUCCUCAUCUACAGGGACCGACUGAGGAUCAACCGUUUUGCCUGGCCCAAGAUCCUCAAAAUUUCCUACAAGAGGAGUAAUUUCUACAUCAAAAUCCGCCCUGGUGAGUAUGAGCAGUUUGAGAGCACCAUUGGCUUCAAGCUGCCUAAUCACCGUUCUGCCAAGCGUCUCUGGAAAGUCUGCAUAGAGCAUCACACCUUCUUCAGGCUGGUAUCUCCAGAGCCGCCCCCGAAGGGCUUCUUGGUGAUGGGCUCUAAGUUCCGCUACAGCGGGAGGACGCAGGCACAGACACGGCAGGCCAGCGCCCUCAUUGACCGCCCAGCGCCCUUCUUCGAGCGUUCCUCCAGCAAACGGUACACCAUGUCUCGCAGCCUUGAUGGAGAGUUCUCACGCCCAGCCUCCGUCAGUGAGAACCACGAUGCCGGAGCAGAGGGUGAAAAACAGGAGGAGGAUGGUGAGUUUGGCAGCGGGAGACGAUCUGAGACAGAGGAUGAGGAGGUGACUACCCCGACGAAGAUCAAGGAGCUGAAGCCGGAGCACGAAACAACCCCCAGGCACAAGCAGGAGUUUUUAGACAAACCAGAAGAUGUUUUGCUAAAGCAUCAGGCCAGCAUCAAUGAGCUGAAACGGACCCUGAAGGAGCCCAACAGCAAGCUGGUUCACAGGGACCGGGACAGGAGGCUGCCUUCCUCACCAGCCUCUUCCUCACCCAAGCAUGAGGAGGAGACACCGAAGGGAACCCCAGAAAAGGCCAGCGAGAGGAUGGAAGAGGACACCCUAGACGAUUUUGCAUCUGAGCAUGGAGCUUCCCUAAGCAUGGAGUCUUUCACGCAGAAAAGCCUUGUCUCUUCUCCUGAGAGCAAAUCUCAGGAACCAAGUGGGGAAGAAAAGGAUUUAUCUGACCCGUCAUUAAAAUCCACCCUGAAAGAAGAGAAUUUAAAGACUGCUGUUCCAGUGGUCUUAAAGAGAGCAGGCUUAAGGGAGGGCACCGAGGAGAAAGCUAAGCCACCUCGGCACAGGGCUCCCGAGAGCGACACUGGCGAUGAGGAACAGGACCAGGAGAAGGACUCAGUGUUUCUGAAGGACAACCACCUGGCCAUCGAGCGCAAGUGCUCCAGCAUCACGGUCAGUUCAACCUCCAGCUUGGAAGCAGAGGUGGACUUCACAGUGAUCGGUGACUUCCAUGGGACUGCCUUUGAGGACAUCUCCCGGAGCCUGCCUGAGCUAGAUAAAGACAAGAGUGAGAUGGAAGAUGAAGGCCUGGUUUCCUUCCAGCAUACUUUCAAAGUAGUUCCUGGAUUGGAAGAGGAUGGCAAAGCCAGGGAGAAGGUUGCCCAGCCCAGCCCAGCCAUCUCCCAGCUAGAGUCACCAGCCCCAAAAACGGAUGCUUUAACAGUCAGCCUGGGGCCAGACACAAAGAAGACCGAAGAUGCCUCCACUGCCCACCAGAUCAGCACCCCAGAAGCAGCCCAGGUGGAAGGAGGCAUGCCUGGCAGCGGAGAUGUAUCAGCCUCUGUUCGUGCUGUCACCACAGAGACCACACCAACAACCUCAGAUAAUGCCACCAAGCCUGGGAAAGGGGCUGGUCCUACGUCAGAGCUUUGCUCCGUGUCACCGAUCAGCAGCAGCUCUGCUGGGAAGGAAGUGCUCACCAGCAUAUUCAGUGCCACUGCAGAAACCCUCUCUACUUCUACCACUACCCAUGUUACCAAGACUGUGAAAGGAGGAUUUUCAGAGACCAGGAUAGAGAAGCGCAUAAUUAUCACGGGAGAUGAAGACGUGGACCAGGACCAGGCACUGGCUUUAGCAAUCAAAGAGGCAAAACUACAGCAUCCUGACAUGCUGGUAACCAAAGCUGUGGUAUACAGAGAAACAGAACCUUUUCCAGAGGAAAGGGACAAGAAACCUCAGGAAUCCUGACCAACAUGUUCAUGAAGUCAGCAUCGGUAUUUGGACCCGGAGGACAGUGAAGAAGGAGCCUUCAUGCUGGAUUUGUCAGCAAAACAUAGACAUCCUGGCUGCAAUGUUCAUGGCUAGAGACAAAAAGUUUUUAAAAAAGGAAUAGCAAAUAUAUAUAUAUAUACAUACGUACAUAUAUAUAUAUAUAUAUAUAAAAACAGGAAACAAAACGCAUCCUUGCACUGCUGCUAUAUGCUGGAAAUGAAUAGCAAGCAACACACCAACAAAAAAAUACAACCCUCUUUGCAGAAAAAAAAUUGAAGAAUUUACUGGAUUGGUGAUAAAAUAAGAUUUAAAAAUCAUAAUAACAACAAUAAUACAAUAAGCCACCAUCUUGCAUGUUACAUUAAAGGAUACACAAUCAUGAGUUCAUUUGUUGCACAUUGAAUGAAACAAAAACUGCUUUGCAACAAAGCAAGAAAUAAGCAAACUGAAAUCAGACAAACACAAGCAGAAGCAAAACCAUUCCCCACUCUGGAAAGAAGAGAGAAAAACAUUGAGUUUAUUACUUUAGAGUUAUUUUCCAAUUUGGAAGUGUGGUUUCACCCUUCUCCUCGUUCCAUGCUGGUUCUUUUGCAUCUUUUGUGGUUCUGUUAACUCUUCCCCGUCUGUUCCUUAUCUUCUUCUCUGUGCACUUGUCUAACCUCUUGUUCUCUGAAGGUAUUUAAGGAUGGAGUUCAAUUCAAACAGAGCAAAUGACAUGUAUAUGGUUUUUCAUUUAUAAAAAUGCAGCCUGUAGGGGUUUCAUAUGGAUGUGCAUUUAAGUUAUGUAUAUUAUUAUAUAUAACAAGGGGGAGGGGGGAGGGGAAGAAUACUGAAAUAAUCAACAGUGCUGGUAAAUAUGAUGACAUUUUUAAAUUAUUAACUAUUUGACUGUGGUUGUUGUACUUCGAGGCUCUUAGAUCACAAUGGGACUCCUUGUCCUUCAAGAAGAGAACGGGGAAGGUAUCAGCCACUGCUGUUUGGAGGGAGAAGGGGAGGGGGAGAGGUUGGAGCCAUCCUGUUGACUGAUCCACGUGGCAGCAAGAGCUCUGGGUUUGCUGUUUGGUAUGGGUUGUUUGGAAGUGGUCUGUCAGUGGUGAGUUGGAAGGGCGCAGAAAGAGGCUCAUGCUGCUCCUGCAGCCCUGGGUAGGGUCAUCUCACUGGCCACCAACCAAAAGCAUCAGAAUCAGCUGGAAACAAGGUGACAGCUGCAGGGUUCAUUGCUCCUGUCCGGCUCACUGAGCUGUGAUGAUAGUUGGGUUGUUUUGGAUUGUUUCCAGUAAUGGAGUUACUCGAGUUUUGUAGUAGGAAGGGUUGAAGGCAGAGCAGUUGUUUGACCCCAUUCCUGCUGCCCUGGGUGUGAUGGAAGGGCUGCCUGAGGCAUGGCGGGUUGGUGAUGGUGCUGGAGGACGAUGGCAGUUCUUCCCCAGCCUUGCCUCCAGGUGCUGCCCAAAGGCAUAGAGUGAGGAGGUCGCAUCAAUGAAGAGCAUCCCAAGUGUACAAGGCUGGGCAGCAGAGCCCAGGUCCUGCACGUAAGGAGGCACUUGUCAAGGUGGUGUCAGUGAUGCUGCCUGCCCCACAGCCUGACAGCUUGGCCUUUGGAGACAGGCCUCCUCUGUGGCUGCCUUUGGAAGGGGAUAGCAAGGCUAAGCCCAGGGCCUUGCACACUGUGAACCAGGUGGUUAGGGUAGACUUGGAACCAAAACCAGAAAGGAAAGGAAAUAAACAGGUUUCUUUUUUUUUUAAUUAUUUUAAAUUCUAUCUCCUGAAGAAACAAAAGGGGCCGCAAUUCUGCACCAUUUUGCCUUUAGUCUCCCACCCUUCACACAGACUGUGCCCAGAGACAGGUGUGGUUAACAAGUCCUGCCAUGGAUUUGAGGAUGACAGUGAAAAGGAAGAGCCUGAGCCAUUAGGGUGCUGUGGGCAGACCACACUCAGGUCUUCUGGUCUCUGGCAGCCUUGGUUUACCAGCUGCUUGUCAUGAUGUCCCCACGAAAUCUGUUCUCCUUCAGGUUUAUCAGUUUCCCCUGCAAGCAUGGAAGACCUGAGCACAAGCUGCUUGGGCAGGGGACAACUGCUGGCUGAUGCCAGUACUGUCACUUUCCUGAAGAGGUCGGUGGUGGUGGUGGCUCUCCCUCAGCUUCUGUUCGAGUGUGGUCACCUGCUUGUGACCUGCUGCUUUUAGAGAUGAGACCCCCAAGCCAGAAAGAGUGAAGGCAGUUGCAAAGAGGCUGCUUUUCUCUUUGCUUUUUAAAUGCACCCAAGCCAGCUGUCAGUAGCAGUUGCACUUUCAGAGACACCGGGUGGUAGAAGACUUGCUCUCAGUGCCUGCGCAGGGCAUCCAGCCCUUCUCGCCUAUUAGCAAUGGCCCACACACUGCGCUCGUUGUUCUUUGGCAUACCAUGGCUCAUACUCAGAGGAGCUCACGUGGCCUUCAUACCCCUUACAGCCACCCACUGCUACUCUGAAGCUAAGAUACCUGCUUUUGGCAUCACCUUUUUGGCACAGUUAUCAAAAGAAAGGUUACUGCUCAAACUAGUGGCCUUAUACAGUUAGAGUUGACUUGACUACUCUAGAAUGGACUCAGAUGAGUUAUGUUUGGAGUGAGUGGAUCCCAUUCUGUGGUUUCUGCAGCUUCUUUAAGGGUGACGAUGUUUAAAAACUAAAUUAGAAAAAAGCACCAACAAACAAAUAGGAUGAAACCAAACUGCUGAGCUGGGGCAGCUCAGCACCGCAUGUUUUCUUCCAGAGGCCUUUCUGCUGAAAGCGGCGGGAGACAUGAGUGCCUGUUUUUACCCAAUCCCACAAAUUUAUUCCAAACCUGGCCUGCAAUUGCAUGAGUAAUAAUAACAGUAACAAUAACAGCAAUGUUUAUAUUUGAAAAGCACCUUACCAGCCAACUGCAGUGCUCUGUUGUUCCUUCACUAAUUCCCCUUUUCCCUUUUUCUUCUUCUCCCCCCUCCAGUCAUGCUCCUUUUCAGUGCUCGGUGGUGUAUGCGUGUGUGCUCACUGUUCUUGUAUUCAAUAAAAGUGAAAUAAAUGUGUUUGAGGCUAAAC